AAUAGUCCUUGCCCUCAAGGAGAUUAAACUCUGCUGGGGAGGAGGCUGAGAAUUGGGUGCAUACGUGUAAGGAACACAACACAAAAUAAUUUAAAGAGGGAGAGUGGUUUUUUGUUGAUGUUUUUUUUUUUAAUGGGAUCCAGAGAGGCCUGAAUAGGAGAUGGCACCUGAGCCACGACCAGAGGCAGAGGUGAGGAGGGGGUGGGUGCAUUCCAUGGGCGGACUACGCGUCCGCACAGAGGGAAAAAAAACAAGUCUUCCUGGGGACCUGAGAGGCCAGUUUGUGGAUCCGGACAAGACUUGGCAACUGAUUGAUGGGAGGCUAUGGGAGCUAAGGGAGAGGGAGGAGCCAAGGAUGACUCACUGGACUCAAUCGUGAGUUCCUGGUUGGUGCCCUCAGCAGAAAUGGGAAGUUUGGAGAAAGGAUAGGUAGCUUUGGGGGACCGGGUUCUGGUUUGGAAACGUUGGCUGUGCGGGGCUUGGCGGGCAUUCAGGGAAUGGCAGGCUAGCAGCUGGUAGUUUAUGGAGAGAGAGUUCAGGAGGGAGACGGGGGUGGGUCUGGAAAUUUGGGAAAGCUCUGCAAAGGGAUCCUUAUUGAAUGAACCCCUGUGAGCUACUGCCUUCACCGAGGAAGGGGGAGGACGAGAGAAGAGUCCGAGACAGUGCUCCGCGGGGCCAGCCCAAGGUGACAGUGUCACAGCGACAUGGUGACAGUGUCUCUACUGUCAUGGUGACAGUUACAGCGAGAUGGGGGACACAGAGCGAUGCUCACAGGGAAGAUCCUCACAUGGUGACACCCAGGCUCACAUCAUGUCCCCGUGUCCCGCCUCCCCGCCAGCCCAGGGGCGGGGUCUGCCGGGGUGGGGCGGAGCCUCUCACCAUACUAGGACAACCCGGGCCAGGCCCCGCAGACUGGAUUGCAACGUCUGGACUGGCUGCUGGGGAUCCUGGCGCACCGGGGGCAGGGAGCAAGGCAUUCUGGACCACUAUGCCUGGCCAAGACCAUCAGCAGCUCUCCGAGGGGGAGCAUCCAGCUGUGACACUAUUUCGCCAGUACCUCCGAAUCCGGACUGUGCAGCCAGAGCCCAAGUAUGAUGAAGCUGUGCUUUUCUUGGAGAAGAUAGCCAAGGACUUGCACCUUGCAUGUCAGAAGGUGGAGGUGGCCCCAGGCCGAGUUGUGACAAUAUUGACCUGGCAAGGCACAGAUCCCAGGCUCCGUUCCAUUGUGCUUAACUCCCACACCGAUGUGGUGCCUGUUUUUGAGGAAAACUGGAAUCAUGAUCCCUUUGAAGCCUUCAAGGAUGCCCAAGGGAACAUUUAUGCUCGGGGUGCCCAGGACAUGAAAUGCGUUGGCAUUCAGUACCUGGAGGCUAUUCGAAGGCUAAAGGCAGAAGGGAAGUCUUUUCCCAGGACCAUUCACCUGACGUUUGUCCCUGAUGAGGAGAUUGGAGGACACCAGGGCAUGGAGCUGUUUGUGAAACGGCGGGAGUUUCAGGCUCUAAGAGCUGGCUUUGCUCUAGAUGAGGGUUUGGCCAGCCCUACAGAAACCUUCACCGUCUUCUACAGUGAGCGGAGCCCUUGGUGGCUCCAGGUCACAAGCUCUGGGAACCCAGGCCACGGCUCACGUUUCAUUGAGAACACGGCAGCAGAGAAGCUGCACAAGGUGGUCACUUCAGUCCUGGAGUUCCGAGAGCAGGAGAAGCAACGGCUAGAGUCAGACCCCAGCCUGACCCUGGGGGCUGUGACCUCCGUGAACCUGACCAUCCUGCAAGGAGGGGUUGCCUUCAAUGUGGUGCCGCCCACCAUGAGUGCUAGCUUCGACUUUCGAGUGGCUCCACAAGUGGACCUCAAGGCCUUUGAGAAACGGAUUCAGGGCUGGUGCAAGGAGGCCGGGGAAGGUGUCACCUACGAGUUUCAACAGAAAUGGACAGAGCCCCGAAUUACAGCCACAGAUGACUCUAACCCGUGGUGGGCUGAGUUCAGCAGAGUCUGUAAAGAGAUGAAUCUCAGUGUGAAGCCCGAGAUCUUCCCGGCUGCCACUGACAGCCGCUACCUACGAGCCGCAGGGGUCCCAGCACUGGGCUUCUCCCCGAUGAACCGAACCCCAGUCCUGCUGCAUGACCACAACGAGUUCCUGAAUGAAACCGUGUUCCUUCGGGGCAUUGACAUCUAUGCCCGACUGCUGCCUGCCCUGGCCAGUAUGCCGGCCCUGCCCGACGAAUACAAAUAGUCCCACCUAACAGCAGCCUGUGGCUUCUCUGAGUGCCUUCCCCUCCCCAACCUGCUGAGGCCCAGGGACUUCCCCCUUAGGAACCCACCUAGGAACUUAAUGCCAAAGACCCCGACCUCCAAUAAAGCCUCGUUUUGGUGCUGAGCUCUACUGUGUCCCCUCUCCACCAGGAGACAUGCACUCCUAUCUCCUUCACUCACUGAGCACCUUCUGCUAGCCCUUGCUAGGGACUGUGGAAGAGGAAGGGGUGGCAAGGGGAGCGGUACAAAGCUGAGGAAGAUCAGUGAUAGAAGAAGUGUUGCAUGAUGCUGGGCCUGGAGUCCAGAAGACCUAGAUUCAAAUCCUGCUACUGACCCUAGCUGUGUAAGUAUGGGCAAACCACUUACCACUUGGGUUUCACUUACUUCAUCUGUAAAAAAUAUUUCUAUUUUGUAGUAGCAAAGGACAGAAAUGAAAGUCGAUGCCCAUUGAUUAGAGAAUGACGGAACACAUUCUAGUUCGCUGUAGUUGGACUGGAGGGGUUUGCCCUUUCCUUCUCCAGCUCAUUUUACAGAUGAGGAAACUGAGGCAAACAGGGUCAAGUGACUUGCCCAGGGUCAUAGCUAGUAAGUGUCUGAGGCCAGAUUUGAGCUUGGGUCUUCCUGACUCCAGACCCAGUGCUCUAUCCACUGCACCACCAGCUGCCUCUGGUUUGUUCCAUAAAUGAUUUAUUCCAUUACAGGGCAAGACUUGGGAUGGGGGAGAGAAGGGGUGGAGACAAUUCAGUGAGCAUUUAUUAAAAUCAGAACGGGGCUGAGAUACCUGUAGGUAAUACAGCAUGUUCCCUCAUGGAGUUUCUAGUCUGUUAGUGGGGAAGAAGUGGAAACACCCUCAGAGAAGACAGGCACACACACUAAUGCACUGCUCGUGGUACAACCAUUCUGGAAAACUCCACUUGGGAGUUGUACCAGAAAAGCUGCUAAGUAGCUCAGUUGCUAAAGUGAUACAACUACCCAGGUGCAUAUACCCACGGCAGCUAAUGGCUGAAGGAGACAAAAGUAUUUAGAGUGGUGCUUUUUUGUAGUGGCAAACGGCUGAAAUGAAAGUGGCUGCCCACGGGCUGGAGAACUGACUGAAGGUGGACUAACAAGACUACUCACAAAUAAAAGUCAUGUAAAAACAAGAGAUAUCAAUAAAAGUUUUUAAAAA